UUCAUUCAUUCAUGUUCAAUACAUUACAACACUUACAUAGUUUCAAGAGAUUUUUCUCUUUUGCUUUUUAAUUUUGCUUUUAUUUGCGUUAAUAAUUACUAAAGUUAAGCUUUUUCGAAAUGCCACGAACUAAGCCGACGAAGACCAUCGAUGUAUUGGGCAAUCUGGAUUUGCGGCCCGAGGAGGCAGUGGGCGACUACUUGUUGUCGAAGUUACAGGAAAAGUACUUUAUCAAGCCACCGAAUGCGGACGCCACUGGCGACUCCAUCGAGCUCCUCUACAUACAUAAUACUCGAGAGCAUGAUCAAAUGCUCAAGUUGCAGAAGGAGAUGCUGGCCGAUUCUAAGCGCCAGUCGAUUAUAAAUGAGGCGCGAGUGAAAAAGAUGUACAAGACCCAAGAGGUACUGAGGCAGCGCUUUAUUGAAGUGAACAGCUUUAUCAAGGACUGCGCGGACAAGAAACGAAUCGCAGAGCAUGCCAUCAACAGUGAGAGUGAGCUACACAAGGAACUCAGUGAGGACAUCAAAAAGUUCAGGACCUCCAUUAGCGAACUAACAACCUUUCGGGAGGCGCUCAAAGGCACAGUCGAGGAGCUGCAGCCCUAUGAAAAGGUACUCGAGGAUGUUGUAAACAUCUCGGAUAUCUUUGUCUCGCCGAAGGAUUGUAUGGAUCGCUGCGAUGCACUCAUGCUAGCCCAACUUGAGAUCAGCGAACUGGAAAACAAGAAGCUACAGGAAAUCGAGGCGAUGCGUCAGCACAUGGUUAAGAUCACUAACGAGGCAGCCCUCGCCGUACUGGGCCUUAAGAAUGAUCUGUCCAAGCUGGAACGAUCCUAUAAUGAAUCACGUGCUCUCUGCUAUAGGUGGGAAAAGAUUCUGGCACAUACUAAGGAUGUUAUAGCCGCCAAUUAUUUGGAAAAGCAGCGAAGUAUGGAUGCCAUUGACACUUUAUACCACAUUCUUUGUCGAAGACGCAAUCUUGCUCCUGAUAUAUGGCGCAAAAAUAUUGAGGGCCAAUUGGAUUUUAUCAAGAUUGAGCUGGAAAUUUUGCAAGGUAUGUUACGAGAGUUCGAAGACGAAAAUGAAUCGGACACUGCCCAGAAAGUUGAGGUUUACUGCUAACAAGGCAAUCAAAUUUUAAGUAUGUGGUCAAAUAAAUGAUUUAUACUCAUAUAAAA